UGUCAAAGCUAGCAAGCGGGCGCUAUUGCCACACACUGCUAUUAUAACCUUAAAAUAGGACUAAUUAGACUUUUUAAACGACGUGGGUUAGAGUUUAAACGGUCUUGACCGUGACGAUUAUACUGUCGCCGGAUGCGACAGCUGGAUUAAUUUGGGAAUUUCUCUUCUCGAAAACUCGAGUCGCGGCUCAAGAGAACCAGUGUCCCUCUCACUCAGGAUGCCAUGCCACAAUCAGCAAAUGAGCACUGUAAACACCGGCCAGGACCACCCAAUGAAGCAAGUGCGCUUUGCCACUAACAGCAGCGGCAAUGUGACCGCUGUGUUGGCCACUCAUGAUGCAGGUGAUGCCAGUAGCAGACAGCCCGUAAACCAGGACUCACUUGGACCCCAACUCAAACUGCUUCCCCUCAAUGACCAGAUACGAGAAUUACAGACUAUUAUUAGAGACAAGACUACCAGCAGAGGGGAUUUUGUGUUUUGUGCCGACCGACUGAUUAGACUUGUAGUGGAAGAAGGCCUAAAUCAACUGCCUUACUCCGAGUGUACUGUGACUACACCAACAGGAUAUAAAUAUGAAGGAGUCAAGUUUGAGAGAGGUAACUGCGGCGUCAGCAUUAUGAGGAGUGGUGAGGCCAUGGAGCAAGGUCUGCGGGACUGCUGCCGCUCCAUUCGCAUCGGCAAAAUACUCAUCCAAAGUGACGAGGAGACCCAGAAAGCCAAGGUCUACUAUGCCAAGUUCCCACCCGAUAUUUACAGAAGAAAAGUGCUGCUCAUGUACCCCAUUCUCAGUACUGGGAACACGGUGAUUGAAGCAGUGAAGGUGCUGAUCGAGCACGGGGUCCUGCCCAAACAUAUUAUCCUCCUCAGCCUCUUCUCCACACCUCACGGGGCCAAAUCUAUAAUCCAGGAAUUUCCAGACAUCACCAUAUUGGCAACAGAAGUUCACCCAGUGGCGCCAACACAUUUUGGACAAAGGUACUUUGGCACCGAUUAAAUCCAGGACACAGGGAGCAACACGGGCUUGUAAUUGUUUUAAGUAUGUUUUUGUUGCUUGUUUUUAAAAAAAAAAUCUCCUUGUGCCAAAUACUCUUUCUGCUAAAAUGAAACUAUUUAUUCUA